AUGUCAUUGGAAAAAAUAGAAAUUGAAAAUUCAAAAGACUCAAAAUAUCAACUUGGAUCCAAUUAUUCUAUUUCUAAAGACUUAAAGCAGGAUGUCAUCGAUGAAACUACUACAGGGUCCCAGCCUGAACAUUUAGAUGUAUUACAGAAAAGGAUCCAGGAAAGAUCGAUAUAUAAUAGGGAAGAUAAUUAUCAUAAACAAAGGUUGAGGAAAUUGGAUGAUGAAAAGGGAGAUAAACAACUUCGUUUGGCCUCCUUUAAAACAAAAGAUGUUAGUGGUGUAGCCACUGUUAAAAGAUUAAAAGGUGAAUCACGAUGGGAUGUCCAAACAUAUGAGCUGCCAGUCAACAAUGGUGAGCCAAAUGAUGCUAAUAGCGAGAACCAACAGCAACUAUUACAAGGUGUUGCAAUAAAUGUGCCAUAUGAGAAUGAUCUAAAAUAUUUCAAACCUUCAGAUAAAUUACAUUUUGCCAAAUUAAUAGAGGAUGAAAAUGCCAAUAGUGAUUCUUCUAGCCCAGAAACAAAAAAUGAAAGAAAUUUAUUACUUCUUCUUUUAAAGAUCAAGAAUGGUAAUUCUGUAGUUAGAAAAGUGGCUAUGAAAAAGUUGACUUCAAAAUGUAUAGAAUUUGGUCCUAAAUUAAUAUUUGAUAGCAUAUUACCCAUUCUUUUGGACAGAUCGUUAGAAGAUCGAGAAAGACAACUUAUGAUAAAGGUAGUCGAUAGAAUACUGUAUCGUUUGGGUGACUCUGUGAAAUCAUAUACACGUAAUAUUUUAACUGUAGUUUCCCCGCUAUUAAUUGAUGAAGACCCAGUGGCAAGAAUUAUUGGACGUGAAGUUAUAAGUAACUUAGCCUCAAUAACAGGUGUUGGACAUAUGCUAACCACAAUGAAAGCAGAUCUUGACAGCGAAGAUGAAUACAUAAGAAACAUAACCUCUAAAGCAUUGGCAGUGGUUGCAAAAGCUUUAAGUUUACCCAAAGUUUUACCAUAUAUACAUGCAAUGUGCCAUUCCCAAAAGUCAUGGAGAGCUCGUCAUACUGGUGUUAAAAUUAUCCAACAAAUUGCUAUUUUAAUGGGGAUGGAUAUCUUAAGGCAUUUGAUUCCAUUAAUUCGCUGUCUUAAAGAUAGUCUUUAUGAUGAACACAUAUCAAUAAGAAUUCUUACUGCUAAUACUAUAUCAAUACUAGCAGAAAAGUGUAAUCCAUAUGGUAUUGAAGUGUUUAAUAUUAUUUUAGAAGAUAUUUGGAAAGGUGUCUUAUCACAUAGAGGCAAAUUACUUACUGCUUUUAUGAAAUGUAUUGGGUCUCUUAUACCAUUGAUGGAUCCAGAAUAUUCAGGCUACUAUUCUUCUGAAUUAAUAAAAAUAAUAUCUAGAGAAAUGUCAAGUCCAGAUGAUGAAAUGAAAAAAACAGUCUUAUUGGUAUUACAAAAAUGUAUUAAAUUAGAAAAUAUUACUGGUGAAUUACUUUUAAAUGAUAUUGGUCCUUCUUUCUAUAAGAAUUUCUGGAUAAGACGUAUUUCAUUAGAUAAACAACUGAAUAAGAUGACAGUUUACACAACAGUAAUAUUAUCAGAGAAAUUAGGAUGCAAAUAUACUGUAGAAAAUUUGCUAGACCCAUUAAGAGAUGAAGCUGUUUCUUUUAGAUCUAUGGCAAUCCAUGCAAUCAAUCGAACAGUAAAGCUCUUAGGUACCGCCGAAUUAGAUGACAGAUUAGAAACAAGGCUUAUUGAUGCACUUUUGAUUGCAUUUCAGGAUCAAGAUACGGAAGACUCUCUUAUUUUCAAUGGGUUUGGUACGGUGGCGAGAUCUUUAGAUACAAGGAUGAAACCAUUCUUGGCACCUAUAGUAUCCACUAUCCUUAAUCAAUUAAAACACAAGAACCAAAUAAUUCGUCAAAAUGCUGCAGACUUAUGUAAUAUUAUAAUACCUGUAAUAAAAAAUUGUGAAGAAACUGACAUGUUAAAUAAAUUAAGCAUUAUUCUUUAUGAAUCUCUGGGUGAAGUGUACCCUGAGGUAUUAGGAUCAAUUAUUAAAUGUAUAUCCACUGUCAUAGAGGUUUCGACGUUAUCCAACUUACAACCACCUGUAAACCAAAUUAUGCCAACUUUAACCCCCAUUUUAAGAAAUAAACACAUAAAGGUUCAAACAUAUCUAAUUAAAUUGAUCAGUACUGUGGCUAUUAGAGGUGCUAGCUAUGUUGCACCUAAGGAAUGGGUAAGAAUCUGUUUUGAAUUAUUGGAAUCAUUGAAAAGUCCUAAUAAAAAUAUAUUGAGAGCUACCAACGACACAUUUGGAUAUAUUGCUAAAGCCAUUGGCCCUCAAGAUGUUUUAGUUGUCUUGUUGAACAAUCUAAAAGUACAAGAACGUCAGUCUCGUGUCUCUACUGCAGUAGCUAUUGGUAAAGUAGCUGAAACAUGUGGUCCAUACACUGUUUUGCCAGCAUUAAUGAAUGAAUAUAAAACACCUGAAACAAAUAUUCAGAAUGGUAUUUUAAAAGCGAUGACAUUUAUGUUUGAAUAUAUUGGUCCUAUGUCACAAGAUUACAUAUAUAUGAUUACUCCCAUGAUUGAGGAUGCAUUGAUAGAUAGAGAUUUGGUUCAUAGACAAACAGCAUCCACUAUAAUAAAGCAUUUAGCGUUACAUUGUUGCGGAUCUGGAAAUGAGGAUGCAUUUAUUCAUAUGCUAAAUUUGUUGAUUCCCAACAUUUUAGAGACAUCUCCCCAUGUUAUUGCUAGAAUCAUUGAAGGUUUAGAGUGCUUGUGUUAUGCAGUAGGUCCUGGUAUAUUCUUGAACUAUAUUUGGGCAGGUCUGUUCCAUCCAUCCAAGAAUGUCCGUAGUGCGUACUGGAAAGUUUACAACAAGGUCUAUAUCCAGUACGUGGAUGCAAUAGUACCUUACUAUCCAGUGUCUACAAAUGAAUAUCAAGUUAUUGAAGAGUUAGACUAUGUGCUAUAA